CCAUAGCCGUUAUCUAUAUGCACACACUGAGCCUGCAGAUUGCAUCCUAUAUCCGCGGAACGUGUCGCCAUCGCUGGCCAAUGUGAACUGUUAAGCAAACAAUUUAAAACUAAAAAAAUCCAAUUAAUAACCAAUAAAGGAUAAUACCCAAAAGCAAUUGACGUAAAAGAAAAGAAAUUUAAUUAAAUCCAUAACGUUAACGAUACAUAUCAAAGUUAGUCUGAUUUUCCUUUAAUACUAUUAGAUUAUUAAAUAUCAAUAUACAUAUCAAAAUAUUUAAAGUGCUAAGAUUGAUUAAAACCAACAAAGUUUAAUGCAUAUCCUAGAGCAAUUCAAAUCGAUUAAAAAUUCCCAGAGCGAGGAAGCAAGUGAAGCGUUUGAAACACAAAAGCCGGUGGUAAAAUAAAUCUUUAAUUAAAUCGACUGUGCAGAAGGAUGCAAUUUAAUUGAAUGGAUAUAACGAAUCACGCGAGUUUUCCCUCUAAAAAAUAAACAAAACACGCACAUCGGUGUCGCGCUGAAAUCGCUUUGUCAUGUAAUGUCCUUAUGCCUCUCAACGGAUCAAGUGCUUAGGCGAUAAGAAAAAGCAGCUGCUGUGCUGUAGUGGCGGCUCCUUUCCGGAUUUAUAUGCAUAAAUGAAAGCACGCAUGCUCGGUAAGGCCGUAAGCCAAAGUUGAAGGGGGCCUGAAAUUCCAUCGCACAGCGGAUUAGCUGCAGCAUAAAGGCAGGAACACAAAGGUCCUGAAUAGAGCGCGGCCAAAAUACGGGUUCUUUCCCACCCAGCAGGAAGCUGGGAUUUGGCGUCGCCCCCCAUGACGUCAACAGUGUGUAAAUGGGCAAGCAAUUAAGCCGUUAACGAUGUGCCCGCUCUCAAAGGCGCCACGCAGGACCUUCAGGACCUCCCCGAUCCAGAUAGCGAUAGAACACCCGAUAGAGUCCUUUACGAGCAUAAGCAAACCAAUGAAAAAUGCAUUCAGCUGCGCUGUGUCCAACGUUGCUGAUUAAUUCCAACUGAACAACAGUAGACAACGUCCUCUGAUAUCUGGAUUUCAUUUGUACUACAACCAAUGACAACAUGCUGAAACCGUUCGCCGUGAUUAUUGGAAUUUUUUAUUUAGGUUCCACCAUUAAGGGCGUCGUGGCAAUACUGAAUUGUAUCCUGGCACGUCAGCUAUGUUUCGAAGAUCCCUCAUGUUCGGCCAUUUUGGAAAUAAUACCGCGCGUCUGCGGGCCCAUUCCAGUGUCCUGCAGCACGGUGACGGUGACCAAGUGCCAGGCGGCCCUUCGCACCCUGCAGGCCUUCCAGUUCUUCCGGCCCACCUGCCUGUGCAAGGAGCCCGGCAUGGAUCCCGACUGCAAUCACUUUCGGGACUUUCUCUUCGAUCAUCCCUGCGGAUUUGUGCUGAAGAAAGCCGAAAAGGAUCCGUAUCCCAUUGAUGCACUACCCACAUGCAACCAUGCGCUUUCCGUUUGCCAACAGGAACGCAAAUGCCUGAAGCUCUUCGAGGACUUUAAAACGCAUUGUAAAGUGCGCGACAACAAGUGCAAAAUGGAAAACAGGGACGCCUGCCACGAUUCCUGGACCAACCUGCGGCUGUCGCCCAUGUUCGGAUGCAUCUGUCCGAACAAUCAUAUGAAAAAGCGCUGUGAUCGUAUCUUUAAUAUUGUUAAUCACAAUCCGUGUGUGGAUAGACUAAUAUUUUUCCCCAACGGUCUGCCCAAAUUGAAGCAACCGCGACCGAAGGCAAAGCCGCGGCCAAAACCGAAAGCGAAAUCCAAACCGAAACCCAAGCCGAGGCAGAGGUACCACAGCAUCAAUGGCACGGAGCUCAUGACCAACAAUAUCGAGUACCACGAUGAGCCCAACGGACUGAACGAUCCCGGGGACGAGGGCAACGAGACGGAGGACGAGGAUCCCGAUGGCCAUGACGAUGGGAAUGACGACGAUGAGGUGGAGGAGGAGGACGAUGAUUAUGAUGACCGCAUAAGAGCCGAGAUUUAUUCGAAUUACCCGCACUACCUUCAUCCGCCGUCGUGGGGCAUCAACAAUCCUUUGGUCCUGGCCUCGCACAGUCCGCACACUCUGGACGACGACGAUGAUGUGGUGGUGGAAGUGGUGGCCAACAAGAAGCCACCUGUGUCAGUGCACCACCAUAACGUUGAGCUGGAGCACGACGUGGUGGUGGUGGUGGAUGCCGGCCCACACUCCCACUCGCAUCCGCACUCGCACACCUUCUACAGCCACGGCGAUCAGAGCUCCACGACGGGAUCUGGACCUCCGGCACCCACGAUUCCCAGCCCACCUAACACUGGCACCAAAAUGCACAAAACAGCACCACUCGGCGAUUUAGUUGCCGGCAGCGAUAUAACCCACCGCACCUACACGGGACCCACGAUGGAUGAACGAGUAAGAAUAUUGGGCAUGGACGAGAAACUGCAUCAGAGAAUCUUCAAUGAUAAUUUGGCCCUAAUUGAUACGCCACUAAUAGUCAUGGGCUCCGGUUCCGGCACGGUCACCUCAUCCGGAUCCGUUUCCGGUUCCGGUUACGGAAUGGGCAUGGGAAUGGGAGUAUCCGGCAGCUUUAACUAUCCGGGCUCGAUGCACGGCGUGCCCAGCUAUCCGUUCAAUAUAAGCGGCUUCCAUCAGCGGCACAUGGCAGCGGCGGCUGUCGAUAAUGAGCCAUUCGAUAUCAUUGAUACGGGCUUGGGCUACGGCGGAAACGGAAAUGCCGGUGUUUACUACCAAAGUGGUCAGGAUGUCGAAGUUGACCUCUCAACGGAAAUAAUCAAGCAACACUUUCAGAGUACCUGUCACACGGCAUUGGACACUUGCCGGGAAGAUCCGUCCUGCUCAUCGUCCCUUCAGCCAAUGCUGACGCACUGUGAGCUGCACCGGUGCAAUCGCAACGCGUGCAUGUCCUCGUUGCAGGCCUUCUAUAAGGGGCCCCACGAGGACCUCAAUCUGGACAUCGCCUUUUGUCUAUGCAAAAAAACAAGCGGUGGCCAGCAGAACGGCAAUGGCAAUCGGCACGACAUGUGCAUGAUUGCACAGGAAAAACUGCAUCCCGUGUGCGCACAGCGACCGCCCGAUAACAGUAAUCCGGCCAGCUCCAAUGGCAUUUACUACCAUCCACCGCCCGCCUGUCACGUGGUCGCCGACAGCUGCAAGGAGGAUCGAGAGUGCAGGUUGAAGUUGGAGUAUUACGAACAGGCCUGUGCCGUGGAUAGCGUGACCAAAAAAUGUGCCGGCAGGCCGAGUGGCUGCCGAACCGCCAUGAUUGGCAUUCUGGGCACCAUGUUGAGGACGACCUGUGCCUGCCAAGGUACGGAUCCCCAGCACCUGUACCAGUGUGUGGGAUGGCGACGCCUUCUAUGGAUGAACCCUUGUGUGGUUGAGGCUCAAAAGGAUUUCCAUAUGAAGCGUUUGGCUGAGCUCGGUUUCCUUACCACCACAACAACGACAACCACCACGACGACAACAACAACGACGACGACGACCACGCGAGCACCACCGCCCCCACCGCCGCCCACCACAACAGCAGCAACGACGACGACCAGCCUGCAGCCGAGGCAAACGCCAAGGAAGCCGGCGACGCACAUCUUCAAGGACCUCAGUGCGCCAAAAGAGAAAUCAGAGCCAACAUCGGUGGAACACAAUUAUCUCGAUCCGCCCGAUUCAAUACCGCUGCCCAGCGUAAAUGUCGAGAGCGGCGGAAAUGGCGGAAAUGACGAUUAUCACAAUGGCAACGGCAAUGGACACGGAAAUGGAAAUGGCAAUGGUAACGGCAACGGGAAUGGGCAUGCGAAUGGCAGACGUAAAAAUGGCGGAAAGGGACGUGGCGGCAGUGUAGAUUUCGAUGAUCCAGUAAUUUUCGUCGACCCAAGGGAAACAACAGAAUUUGUGGGCAUCAGCAUCACGGAGCCGGUAACCACAACAACCACAACGAUGGCCACCACGACAACAACACAGCCGCCAAGAAACUGUGUUGUCCAGCGACCACGUCAAUCGGAUCAACUUAUUCGUGAGGGCAGCAGCAAGCGGAUCUACUCCUUGGACGACGUCGAGUGCAGUGAGCUGUGCAGCUGCGGCGAGUCGCUCACCCUCACCUGCCACGCCCUCUGCGUGCCGUUCGCCCCCUGCCGCACCGCCCUGGCCUUCUACAGCCACGCCUCCCCCGCCUACCAGGCAUUCCGCGGACGCUGCCUGUGCUACUCGGGCCGCUUCAUCUGCAUGAAGCCGCCGCUCGGGGAGUACAUUCUGCCAGGUGGAAUAUUCCUGCUGCUGGGCUACAGUGCAGCGGAUGAGGCGCUGCUGAGGCCCCACACCAACCUGGGAGUCCAGGAUGCCGUGCGAGCCCUGCAGCAGUACGUAACCACAUAUAUCGAUAAUCAGACGCAGUGCACCCUCACGCUGUUCAAUAUGACCGAGGAGAACAUAAUCAUUGCAGCGCGUCUGCCGCACGAUGGCAAACUAAAGGAUAUUGAGCUGCUGCGCAAGGAGAAGGACGAGUGCACCGCGAUACUGAAGACCAUCAGUCAUCAAAUAAAUAGCGAGCACAGUGAGCUCCAAUCCCACCGACUGCUGAGCAUUUUCAAAAUGUCCGAAGUCGAGGUCGUUUGGCCGGAGAGCACGAGUGCGGCGGCCCGCAGUGGACAUGGUCCGGGCCAGUUGGCCGGAUGCGAGUGCCGCCGGCUGCUCUUGGCGGCCAUGCUCGCGCUGGCUUAUCUCUCCAGCUGGACAACGCUGCGUAUGAGCGAUGUGGCGACAUGACAGCCGCAUAGCUGAAGGAUUAGAGCCAGGACAAUUGCAUAACUGUAUGUAGUAGACAUUUGUGGGGGGAUCAUCAUCAUCUUUGGUGGGAAACUGCGCCAGGCGACGAACUAGCGGUGUGCAAGUUGCGACGAUAUGUGGAACGAUAGCGAUAAAUAUAAACUAUAAAAUGAUAUGGUGCAUACUCUUAACAUAGCGUAAUCAUAAUGUGUUGUAUACAUCUAGGGGCUAGUUCUGUGUUUAGCUGCGAUUUUUGUGAAGCUUUGUUGUUGACCUUUGACGAUGUUGCUGUCUCUUUUGAUACGAACAUACAUACAUACUGUGGGAUAUGCUAAACCCAUAGAAGAUACAUACACAUACGCCUAGAACUCAUCUAGAUUAAUCUAUAAUUUAAUGUGAAAGGAAACUGCUGUCUACAUAAUAAUAUUGUUAGCCCAUAACAGAGGCAAACUCGAUAGUUGGAUUGAAUGUGGCGUGUACAUAGAAGGCAUAUGCAUUAAGUACUAUCCGUAGCUAGUGUUUUAUACGGUAAACAAUACACACAACUCCUGUCCGUCUGUCCGUCCGUUCAUCAUUAUCGCCCCAAACACACACACACA